AGAAAGCUCCAGGCUCCAGUCUGACAGCCUUUAGCGUUAAGACUACACUACCCAUGAUGCUCUCGUGCCAGCAAGGCCCUCCAAGUGGCAGAACAUAUGUGUUUCGCAGCACAUUCCCAUGCGGAAAACGCAAAAAUAGCGGUUUGAAAAGAAUAACCAGUGAAAAGAAAAUCUACUUGGGUCGACGCCACAACGUAUGAGCGCCGAAGGGGGACAUAAGGUGCCGGCAGCCAAUAGACGGACCGUUGGCUUCGGCGUCCUACAUUUCUCGUGGGGCGUUCCAGACGGUCAGGAAAUUCUGAUGCCACCUUUUAUUUUCCUCGCUUCUUUUCGUCAACGCAAGUGGAAGUGAUUCUGCAAAAGCGACCCCGAGUUCGCAGGAGUGAUACAAGACAUCCAGGUCGACUCUUCCAUGAAGAAAAAACCCAGUGCUGCCCUGCGCCCCAAGCGCGGGAGGCCGGCCAGUGACCCUGCUAUGGACCCGUGGACCGGGCCCGGCUCCUGUGUGCUUUCAAAUUCCGAAAGCGUCCAGUCGGCCUCACAGAUCAGGCGCCUGACCAUGCCACAGCUCGGUCACAGCCUCCUCCGCUUUUUGAACGACGACCGCAAUGGCCAGAAGCUCUGUGACGUGUCGGUGACCGUGGGCGGGAGAGUGUACAGGGCCCACAGGGUCGUGCUGGCCCAUGGGAGCAGCUACUUCCACGCCGAGCUGUCCAAGAGCCCGGCGGCGGCGGCGGCGCACGUAAAGCUGGACCACGUGGAGGACUCUGUCUUUCAGCAUCUGCUGGGCUUUUUGUACACGGCGGAAUGCACCGUCGCCGAGAAGGAUCUUCCCGCUUUGGCCGAAGCGGCCCGGUUCCUGGACAUGAUGGACGUGUUGAAGCUUUUGAGUGAGGGAGGGGAGGUCGACCCCGUUGGCGUGACCCACGGCACGCCUGACACAAGAAGGCCUCCCGAGGUGGAGGUGGCCUCUAGUCUGUCGGCAGGGGAGGACACGGAUGUCCCUUCUGAUGUGGAGUUCACUCUAAACCGCCGGUCGGCCACCGAAGUGUCCCGGCAGGACAGUUCAGCUCACAAUCACACACAGUCCAAGACUCGGGGUCAGUGUAGUGCUACCACACGGAGAUCUGCUCGCACCAUAAGGAUGCCUACCAAGUAUAACAGGGAUGAUUUAAGGCACGCCACCGUCCAUCCUGCGGAAAAGAUAGAGAGUUCCUCGCCAAGUCUGGAAAGCAGAAACGGAGUAGAAGUAGCAGCAGAGGUGGUGGCGGAAAACCAGACGUCCCAGCUGGAUGUGAAUGACCCCUCCAAACCGGCCGACGCGAUGGACGAGGAUGGGGAGGAUGGCGGGGGAGGAGAAGUGAACGCUGGCGGCGUCGCUCAGGACAACCUCCUCGGCGGUUGCCAUGGAGACGGGACCGAAAGCGAGCAGGGUAGGACCGCCGAGGACCAGGCCGGGGGAGAGCCGGAGGCAGGAGGCUCCAGUCAGAGCGCGGCGUAUCCCGAGGGCUUGGCCCCGGUCAUCAUCCAAACCGCCAACAAGAAGACCCUCCAGUGCCCCAAAUGCGACAAGAUCUUUGACCGUGCAGGAAAAUACGAGAGUCACACCAGAGUUCACACGGGAGAGAAACCGUUCCAGUGCGACAUUUGCCUUCAGUGCUACUCCACCAAGUCCAACCUGACCGUGCACAAGAAGAAGCACGCCAGCGACGCGCCCUUCCCCAAGAAGGAGCACAAAUGUUCGUUCUGCAACAAACUCCACGCCAGCAAGAAAACCUUGGCAAAGCACGUCAGAAGGUUUCACCCCGAGCACAGCCAAGAGUUUUUCACCAAGAGGAAGAGGAAGAGCGAGGGCUGGAAAUGCGCCAUCUGUUCGAAGACCUUCAGCCGCAGGCCUCAUCUGCAGGAACACAUGAUCCUGCACACCCAAGACCGGCCCUUUAAAUGCUCCUUCUGUGAGGAAUACUUCAGGUCCAGGUUUGCCCGGCUGAAGCACCAAGAAAAGUAUCACUUGGGUCCUUUUCCCUGUGAGAUCUGCGGCCGGCAAUUCAACGACACGGGCAACAAAAAGAGGCACAUCGAGUGCACGCACGGGGGCAAAAGGAAGUGGACCUGCUUCGUGUGCGGGAAGUCCGUUCGCGAAAGGACCACGCUCACGGAGCACUUGAGGAUCCACAGCGGAGAGAAGCCUCACCUCUGUAGCAUUUGCGGCCAAAGUUUUCGCCAUAGCAGCUCUUACAGGCUCCACCUCAGAGUCCACCACGACGACAAGCGCUACGAGUGUGACGAGUGCGGGAAAACCUUCAUACGCCACGACCACCUGACCAAGCAUCAGAAGAUCCACUCAGGUAGACGUCGGCUGGUGAGAAAGCGCACCAGUGUGAAGAAUGCGGGAAGUGAGAAACCGCACAGAUGUCCGGAGUGCCAUCAGACAUUUCGCAUCAAGAAAACCCUGACAAAGCACAUGGUUAUUCACUCAGACGCUCGACCGUUCAACUGUCCCCACUGCAGUGCCACCUUUAAAAGAAAAGACAAGCUCAAGUACCACGUCGACCACGUGCACAGCGCCCGCUUCACCGAGCAGCCCCUCGGCGAGGACAAAGCGGUCUCCCUUUCUUUCGAGGAGCCCUCCAAGACGUUCCACGCUGAGCCCAAGUCGGCCUUACAGAGUAGCCCCUCCUCUUCCACAAGCGCGUGCGCCCCCGUGGCCGUGGGCGGGGGAGCGCAGGGGGACUCGGACGUCCGACGGGCCCCGUCUCUCCCCGCCCCAAAUCACGGCGUUGCUCACGCGCAGGCCACAGAGCAGCCGCAGGGCUCCGGCUACCAGCCCCCCGCAGACCUGGCCUUCUUGGAGAAGUACACCCUCAACCCACAGCCUGCCAACAUCGUCCACCCUGUGAGGCCCGAGCAGAUACUGGACCCCAGAGAGCAGUCCUACCUGGGCACGCUGCUGGGUCUGGUUUCAGCUACUUCCGUACAGAACCUCUCCAGCUCUGAUCACUCUCACUGAGAUCUGUCAGCCUUUGGAGAACA